CAAGGCGUCCGCACCUACCCCUAUAUCAGUUCCAUAGAGCACGAUCGUCGGCCGAUAAGAACGCAUUUCACAACUGGCAACGAUUAAGUCAAAUUAAUUGUUUGGAAUUAGUAGUUUGGAAAACUGAAAAUGAAACCAACAGCUGGCCAAACGAGUUUUCUGGCCCUGCUGCUGCUCUGCCUGCUGAGCUGCGUGUCUGCCUACAACUACCUGUGCGUUCUCCACACCGCUGCCCGAUCCCAUUAUCAUGUGGGAUCUGCCCUGGCCAAGGGAUUAGCCAGCGCCGGGCAUCAGGUCACCAUUGUCUCCCCCUUCGCUCUGAAGAAACCCAUCAAAAACAUCAAAGAUGUGCAUGUCAAGAGCAUUCUGGCAUCCAUGGAAGGAAGAAUGGCCAACCUGUUGGAAUCAUCCAAGAGGCCAAUAAUCGAGCAGAUAGUUAAUUUCCAUGAGAUGGGCAUUGAAAUUACCGAGUUGCUGCUGACGGAACCCUCUGUGGUGGAGCUUCUGAAAUCGAAUCAGACCUUUGAUGCUGUGAUAUCCGAGGUUUUCCUAAACGAAGCACAUUUCGGAUUUGCCGAGCACUUCAAGGCCCCGCUUAUAGGACUUGGCACUUUUGGGGCAAUUAGCUGGAACACAGAUCUGGUGGGAUCUCCUUCACCGCCCUCAUAUGUUCCCAAUGCCCUGUUGAAGUUUAGUGACCACAUGUCUCUCGCCGAGCGAGUGGGAAAUCUGGCCUUCCUCACCUACGAAUAUAUCUUUCUGAACUACUUCUAUCUGCCGCGUCAGGAACUGCUGUACAGCAAGUACUUCCCCAACAACAAGCAGGACUUUUACGAGAUGCGCAAGAACACGGCCUUGGUGUUGCUCAACCAACAUGUAUCGCUCAGCUUCCCACGUCCCUAUUCGCCCAACAUGAUCGAGGUGGGCGGUAUGCAUAUCAACCGAAAGCGCCAGCCGCUGCCCAAGGACAUUCAAGAAUUUAUCGAGGGCGCAAAGGAUGGUGUGAUAUACUUCUCGAUGGGUUCCAAUCUCAAGAGCAAAACGCUUCCUUUGGAGAAACGUCAGGCACUGAUCGACACCUUUGCCCAGCUGAAACAGCGUGUGCUGUGGAAGUUCGAGGACACUGAUCUGCCGGGAAAGCCAGCUAAUGUCUUCAUUUCGGACUGGUUCCCCCAAGACGACAUUCUGGCCCAUGACAAUGUCAUAGCCUUCAUCACCCACGGCGGUCUGCUGAGCACCACGGAAUCCAUUUACCACCGCAAACCCUUCGUGGGCAUUCCAAUCUUUGGCGAUCAAUUCUUGAAUAUGGCUCGCGCCGAACAGAAUGGUUAUGGAGUGACGGUCCAUUACGAAGAUCUGACAUCUGACAAACUUUUGGCAGCCAUUCAGCGACUAAUUCAAGACCCAGAGGCCAGCAAGAAGGUGCGCGACAUGUCCGACAGGUAUCGGGAUCAGCCCCAGACUCCAUUGGAGCGCGCUGUUUUCUGGGUGGAGCACGUUUCCCGGCACAAGGGUGCCAAGUACCUGAGGAGCGCCUCCCAGGAUUUGAACUUCAUUCAAUACCACAAUCUGGAUGCCAUCAUAAUCCUAUAUGGCGGCAUUAUAUUCGUGCUUUAUUGCAUUUUCUUGCUUAUCCGUUGGGUGUGGCGACUAUUGCAGGAACUGUUUGUGAAGAAGGAAAGUCCCAAGCCGAAAAAGAAAUCCAAACAGAACUAAACUCAAGUGAUAAUUAACACUAGUAUUCAUGACCAGUUUAUAAUAAGGGUGCUAAGAAAAAGGUGUUUACAGUAGUGCAAUUCUUCUAUUUAAAAUAUAUUUAUAAAAUGGGAAUCCCAAUAUCCGAAAUUCAAUCCAGCAUUCCAGAAAUAAUUGUAAUAAACUCUUUAAUUUUCUUUCCAUUUUCCCAUUCUAAUUGCUCACAAUAAAAUACAGUAUCUAUGGGUUUUUCAAUAAACUGUCUUCGAAUUUGCAACCAUUUGGUGUUGGUGGGAAAA